AGUACUCCGCAGACAAGACGAGUCAGGAGCCAACCAGGCCUAAGCGUCAAUCAAGAGGUGGAAGAGCCAAAGCCAUAGUGGCUGAGGAAGCAAGGCACAAAGUAGAAGCAAGCAAGCUCAUGGCGAUUCCCAAGGUCGACCUGUGCAGGCUGGAUCCCAGCAGCCCUGGAUGGGCCUCAGCUCGUGCUACGGUGACGGUGUCCAUGGUGGAGCACGGCUGUGUUGUCGUCGCGUGCGACGCGCUCGGCGCGGAGCUCCGGCGGGCCCUGUUCGAGCGUUGCAUGCCGGAGCUCUUUGAGUUCCCCGCCGAGACCAAGCAGCGGAACGUCUCAGCCGACUCUGCGUUGAGGGGCUACGUCGGGAAGCUUCCCGGCCUGGACUUCGAGAGCUUCAAUGUCGCAGAGAUCACGGAGCCCCGCAGUGUCCGUGACUUCAGCAGCAUCUUCUGGCCGCAUGGAAACCCGGAGUUCUGCGACACAGUCAUUUCAUUCGUCAGUAACCUACUCGAACUGGAGCAUACGGUGGAGAAGAUGACCCUGGAAGGCCUCGGCGUCCGGGAAGAGACCAUUGCUGCCCACCGCCAGACGCUCACCCACAGUCUUCGCCUGUCACACUACGGCGUGCCGGAGGAGUCGAAGAUGGGCGUGACCCUGCCAAGGCACACCGAUCCUAGCUUCACGACGGCGAUCGUGCAGCAUGAGGUGGAAGGCCUCGAGGUGCAGGCUAAGGAUGGGAGCUGCUGGAUCACCAUCCCUCCCGAGGCGGACACGAUCACCAUCAUCGCCGGCGACCUGCUCACAGUGGUAACAAACGGGAGGGUACCCGCGUGCGUUCACCGUGUAAAGACCGCAAGCAAUCGCGAACGCUUCUCGGUGCUGUUCACCGUCGUGGCAAAGAACGGAGCUGUGUUGAGUGCCAUGGAUGAACUUGUCGACCCGGACCAUCCUCUGAUGUACAACCCCUUGAAGAUAGAUGAGUACAUGCUGUUCCGUUACUCGGAGGAAGCAUUUAAGUUAAGCGAUCCAUUGGAGGAGUUCUGCGGAGUGCACAAGAGUGGAUCGUCCACAGAGUGAUCUUAGCCCAACAAACUGUGUCAUGUGGCUAGGAUCCGUCCCUAGAGCUAUUGCUAUCUGUAACACUCAUCUAUCUGGCUUUUAAUUUCCUACUUUCAGAUCAACGAACGGCAAAAUAUCACGUUUGUAAUGAAUAAAAUGUUCCUUGUUUAUGUAUUGAUCUCAUGAAGGAAUAACGCCGAGAUAGCUAUUUUUAA